ACUUUCGAUCUCCUCUGUUACGCUUCUGGACCGCCGGAAGCGCGUAGUUUUCCCUUCUCCGCUGUCGUAAUAGGGGAGAGAGAGAGAGAGACGAGGUCCGUCGGAGCCCUAGACCAUCUCUUGCCGCAUCUUUCCGUCCGUUUCCAGCCUUUCUCAGCGGCGUCUUCAGAAGAUUGAGAUUAAAGAUCUGCCCUAUUGCUAUGGCAUCUGCAACCGCCACUCCCCGUUAUGCUCCUGAGGACCCAACUCUUCCCAAGCCUUGGAAGGGCCUAGUUGAUGGUAAAACAGGUUAUCUUUACUAUUGGAAUCCGGAGACCAACAUUACUCAGUACGAGAAGCCUAUUGCAUCUUCACGUACAGGCUCAGCUCCACCACAGAAGUCAUCUGCUGCCACUAUAAGUUCUUCUGUUCAAGUUCAACAAUCCUCUCAAGGAAGACAUCGUGACAGUGGCUAUGAUGAUGAUGACGACAGGUAUAGCAGAGGUGGCAAUGCCACAUCAAAGCUUGCAUCAGGAACAAGGAGUUAUCAGAGUGGGAAAAGAGGAUCAGAUCAUCCUUACAAAGUUCCUAAUGGGGAAAUAGGUGCUGGACAUGUAGCUUCUUCUGGCAGAGGCCAAGGGCCUUCAGACAAUGGGAAUGGUCCAUCUGCGGAGUCUUAUCGCCGUCGGCAUGAAAUAAGUGUUAGUGGAGAUAAAGUACCCGCUCCUUUUACAUCAUUUGAAGAUACUGGUUUUCCUCCGGAGAUUCUUAGAGAGGUACACAAAGCUGGGUUUUCUGCACCUACUCCAAUACAGGCACAGUCAUGGCCGAUUGCUCUUAAAAGUCGUGAUAUUGUUGCUGUCGCCAAGACAGGUUCUGGUAAAACGUUGGGGUACUUGCUUCCAGGAUUUAUGCAUCUGAAGCGCCUCCGCAAUAAUCCUCAACUUGGUCCGACUGUUUUGGUUUUGUCUCCAACAAGGGAGCUGGCAACGCAGAUACAGGAGGAAGCUGUUAAGUUCGGAAAAUCGUCAAGAAUAUCGUCCACGUGUUUGUAUGGAGGAGCACCAAAGGGCCCUCAAUUGAGGGAUUUAGACAGAGGUACAGAUAUUGUGGUUGCCACUCCUGGCCGCUUGAAUGAUAUUUUAGAGAUGAAAAGAGUGAGCCUCCGUCAAGUCUCUUACUUGGUGUUAGAUGAGGCGGAUCGAAUGCUGGACAUGGGCUUUGAGCCCCAGAUACGCAAGAUUGUGAAAGAGGUGCCUUCUGACCGGCAGACCCUCAUGUACACUGCCACAUGGCCCAAGGAGGUUCGCAAAAUUGCGGCUGAUCUGCUGGUCAAUCCUGUUCAGGUUAACAUUGGGAAUAUUGAUGAGCUCGUUGCCAACAAGGCUAUUACCCAGCAUGUUGAAAUAAUGUCUCCCAUGGAGAAACAGAGGCGCCUUGAGCAGAUACUGCGAUCUCUAGAGCCAGGUUCCAAAGUCCUUAUCUUUUGUACAACCAAGAAGAUGUGUGAUCAACUUACUCGUAGCCUAACUCGCCAGUUUGGAGCUGCUGCUAUUCAUGGAGAUAAAUCUCAGGGUGAGAGAGAUUAUGUGUUGAACCAAUUUAGGAGUGGGAGGUCUCCAAUUCUUGUAGCCACUGAUGUUGCUGCUCGUGGAUUAGACAUCAAAGAUAUCAGGAUGGUUAUCAACUAUGACUUCCCUACGGGAGUAGAGGAUUACGUGCACAGGAUUGGAAGAACUGGGAGGGCAGGUGCCACCGGGGUGGCUUUCACAUUUUUGAGCGAACAAGAUGCAAAGCAUGCUUCAGAUCUCAUUAAGGUUUUGGAAGGAGCAAACCAGCGUAUUCCAGUUGAACUUCGCGAUAUGGCUUCACGUGGUGGUGGAAUGGGCAGGCCUAGGCGUAAGUGGGGUUCUGGCUCUGGUGGACGUGAGGGGGGCCAUGGUGGACGUAAUGGUUUGUCCUCCAGUGGAAGGGAUGGGGGUAGGGGCAGUUGGGGGAUACCAGACAGAGUUGGUGGCCGUGGUUUUGACCGUGACUCCAGGAAUAGUGACAGGUAUGGUCGCAGUUUCAAUGAUGAUGUGGAUCUUCAUGGAAGCUACCAUAAUCGGGUCCCUAAUGAAAGGUUGGUUCGAGCUCGAGAUGGUGAUCACAGAAGCAGAAGCCGGAGCCGAAGUAGAAGCCCAAACAAAGCCCUCCACAGGUUGGUUCGAGCUGGGGAUGGUGCUGACCGAAGUAGUAGCCGUAGCCGAAGUAGAAGCCCAAAAAAGUUUCCAGGUAGGGGAGACUUUCGGAGGCGGGCCGAGAGCCGUAGCCGUAGCCGUAGCACUGACAGGUUUGAUUGGGUUCUGCCAGCCCGUGAACGUUCCCCAAUCCGCAGCUCUCAGAAACAUUUGGCACCUUCAUACAAAAGUGACACUGAAAGGGGAUUCAAAAAUUCUGUGGACCCACCUCCACGUUCCUCAUCUGGUGGUCGUAGGAAGGAAAAUCUCAAGGGAUCAGAUGACGAUGAGUGGGGAAAAGCAACAAGAGGUGGACUGAAUGGAACUGGGUCUUCGUACUUGGGGGAGGAGGGUGAAUUGGAGGAAGGCAUGAUUCCAGCGGAUGAAGAAGGCAUGAUUCCAGCGGAUGAUUAAGAUCCUCGUCCCUCUUCUCCAUUAAGCUGUAUGACUGCGGAUUACCAUCGAUUGGUGGUUGUGUUGUAUUUUUUCUUCUCUUCUUUUUCCUUCGAUUCUCAGUUGUGGUGGGGGCUCGGAGACGGGGGAGAUGUAACUGUAGCAGUGGUUUUGAAGUUGCCCUUUUGGGGGGUGCAUCCUGGUAUUUAUAGAUUCAAAAACUCAAUAGAGCAGACAUCUGUAAUGGAUUAGUAGUAUUUUCACGACGUUAUGGUGUAACAAGAUUGAAAAUUAUGUUGUCAAAGCUGAUGUCCUUAAGUGUUCAUCUUAUUGAAGAAUUAUGGAGUAGCUAUUUGACAGUAA